CGGCGGUCGUGGGCAAACGCGCAGGACUGCGGCACUUCUUCCUCCUCGCCGUCGCCCCUGCCUUUCUCUGUUUGCAAUCGUGACCGUGUUUUUCUCCGUUUUUCCACAUGGGGAAGACAGACGCGCAGUCGCCGAGCUCGGGGCCCGCAGGCCGCCCGGAGAGCGGCCGGAAGUCGGUGACGCCGGCCGAGGUGAACGAGCUGCGCCUGAACUACUGUAUGGCGGUUCUCGCGGGGCGAGAGGUCCGCGUGAACCUGGAGAACGGCGGCCGCGUUCAGGGGCUCUUCCAUGCGUACGAGAAGAAGGACCGGAAGGACGGCCAAGAGGGGUCCUUGGUGCUCUCCUGCGCCAGAGACUUGCCCUCGAAGACGCGCGUCAGUGGCGAGAUCAAGCGCCAGAUGCACCUGCCCGACCGUUGCUUCGUCUCCUUCCACGCGACUGAUGUGCCGCUCGCGCCGUCCGGGCCUGCAGGUCCGGCGUCGAGCUCCAGUUCGGGCCUCCAGGGGGCUGCAGUCCACGCGGGCUCGGGCUUCCAGACAGACACGCAGAUCAGCGCGCACAGUGGCAAGCGCUUCAAUGACAGGAGCACGCGGGGCGGCGCAGGCCAACCGCGAGAGCUGCAGAAGUGGGUAGGCGACGGCUCUCGAGGCGAGGACACCUUCGGCGCCCUCGAGCCCGCCGGAGGCGUAGGCGCCCGUCGAGUGAACGGCGGAACCGCCUCCGACUGGGAUCAGUUCGCUGUGAACGAGCAACGCUUCGGCGUCCGCAGCUCGUAUAAAGAGGAGUUGUACACGACCAAACUCGACCUAGAUGCCAUUCCGCUUCAGGUUCAGCAGCAGGCAGACAGAAUCGCCACCGAACUCGAGAAACAACAACAGGGAACCCGCGAUGGCGCCGUCGAUGACUCCCGCGGGGUUGAGGACGAGGAGGCUUUGUUCAGCGCUGUUACGGGCACUGGGGGCUACUCGCAGCAUCGGCGAGCGCCCCCAGACGGCCCGGGACCUGGCGUUCCGUCUUCGAGUCGUUCUUCAUCAUCCUGUGGAGCCGACAGUGGGGUCGGUGGCGGCUCGCGAGGAUCAAGUAGAAACACGGCGUCCUCCGGUUCAUUCCCUCACGUCAUGGCCUCGGGUGCCCACGCCAACAAGAGUGGCGCGGCUGUCGGUGGCCUUUCUGCAACUGGAGAGAGAGGUGGAGAUAGAGGAGCUGCGAGCUCUGCAGCUGUCUCAGCUUCGGGGUCCGCUAAUCGAUCGGGAGGCGUCGGCGCGCAAGGCAAGGGAGUCGCUGGCGCUCAUGCCAGUGGAAGCACUGGACACGUGGCGAAAGUCGCCGGUGGUGCGCUCCGGAAGCUGCGAGAAAAUCUCGAGAUCGCUGCCAAGGAAAAUCAACGCAAGGAGCUCUCCAGGGUCCACACCCCCGCGUUGGGAGCUGCAGGCGGCGCCAUGGGACCAGGUGUCGCGUCGACUCCUCCCCCUCACAAGGAACUCCACGAGACUCACAAGAAAAUGCGAAGCAUUCUCGCAUCUGGGUCGCCUGCGAGAGCGCCGGCAAUGCAUGAGUUGGGAGGCAUCCAUGCGUUGAAUCUGGAGCCCGCGUUGCCCAAGUUGGACGACCAGACUCAAGAGGAGUGGCUGAACUUCAAGAAGAACAAGAAUCAGCAGUCACAGCCUGGUGGCGGGGAAAUCAAGCGACGCGAUCGCGCGCAAGACAAGAACGAGUUCCUUAGUGCGUCGAAAGUCUUCACGCAGCUACUGGAGAAGAACAAGUCCUCUCCGUCAGGAAGCAGCAGCUCGGGAAGCGGCACCUCUGCCGACGGCUCCCCUGCAUCUGCCACAUCGUCCUCUGCAGAUUCUUCCCAGUCUUCGUCUUUCGGUUCCAAGAAGGGCUUCCAGUUCAAUCCGCACGCGAACGCCUUCACGCCGUCAACCCCUUCUCACGCAACUGCGGCUACCCUUCGGGGCCAGCACGUGGGAGGUGGCGCAUCGGCGCUCGGUGCGAAUGCGUACCCUCAUAGGCCGUACCCGGGGGUAGGCAAUGGAGGAAUGAUGGCGCCUGUGGCGCCCCAGCUCGGCCCAGGGACGGGGAUGGCUCUGCCAGGCGUAGGUGGGCCCCCGGAUGCUCGCGCGGGUCAGGCAUCCGCCGCAGUCUCCCUAGGGGCGCCUGGAGGUACAGGCAGUCUUGGAGAUCACGCUCAAGUCCCCGUGCCACACUCCGUCUCAGGCUCUCGUCACGCGCCGCACGCGGGCGCUGCGGCUUCCAACGGCGACGCCAGCGGCGCCGGUUCGCGCGGAAAUGGCAAGGCGAGCACGGGCGCCAGUGGCCCCGGAGGGCUGCAGGCGGCCCCUGCGGGGGGUGCAGGUGCCCCUGGGGCGCCGGACGGUGCAGUUGUGCCCCAGGGCAGAAGCGCAGGCAGCGGAUCCGGCUCAGGAGGCGCGAACCGGGGCCCUGCAGGGCACCUGCCUCAGGGGACAGUGGGGAGCGGAGGCAGCCCGACCCCGGGCCCGCCCCAGCAUCUCAACCCCGCCGGAAUGCUUGCUCAGAACCCCCAAGGGUGCACGCCUCCUGCGCAUGCCUUCGCGAACCAGGCGGGCGCGCCUCAAGCCCCUGGUUGCUGGCCUGGAGGCGUGAGCCUCGGAGGCGCAAAUGCAGGCUUGGUUGCAGGCGUCGUCGUCGCAGGCGCAGGCGGCGCAGGUGCGGCAGGCUUCCCGCCCCAUCCGCAAACCCCGGGGGCGACCCUAGUGGGCCCGCACCCGAAUCACGCCGGAGCGAGUGUGCCUGCCCCAGCGGGCGCAGCUGCGGUGGGCCUCAUGGGCCCCCCCGGUGCGACAUCGGAGCCUCAGAGCCAAGCUGCGGCAGCUGCAGCGGCGGCGGGCAUGGGUGGCGCACUCGGAGCAGGGGGCAUGAUAGCCGGUCCUGGAGGCGCUGCCAUGAUUCCCGAUGGACUCGCGGCAGGCGCGAUGCCAUUCGGAAUGGGUGGCUUCGCGAUCAACAGCCACAUGGCUCAGAUGAACAUGAUGGGCGGCAAUUUCAUUGGGCAGCCGCCACCGCCUCCGACCCACCACGGCCACCAGAGGCAGCCACCGCACCAACAGGCCUUAAUCGGCAACGCGAUGAACAUGCGUAUGGGCCCAGGGGCAGUGGCGGGCGUCCCGCAUCCCCAAGGAGGCACAAGUGGUCACCCGAAUGGCGGCAGUGCGCCUCAUUACGCGCCUUUCCAACCCCUUUCUGCGGAAAAAACUGGAAAGGGCGGCAGAGGAUCGUCAGGAGCCUCUAGAACUCGCGAGGUUGGGGAGUUUGUUAAUUCGCUCGUUAACAAAGCCCGGCAAGAAAAACUGUCUCAGAUUUCUCCAGAGUGGACAGGUCUUGGCACUGACUCUUACCGAGUGAUCCUUGGCCAGAUUCCCCCGACUUCCUUUCCUCAAGCAGCGACUCUCCCCGCAGCAGCACUCAGUGCGCCCAUUGCGCCGUUUCCAAUUUUGCAUCCGCAGCUGUCGGCGCCGCUGCCCGCGGGUCCCCUCUUCAGUCUCCACCCCCGCAUUUUGUUUCCUGCGGGUCCUCAAGCGUUCCUGUCUCCGGCAGCAGGGGCGCCGCCCCACCCAGGUGCGAUGUCUUACCCUCUGAUGUAUCCGCCACUCCCUCUCGCGCAGCACCUGUCUCCGGUUGUCUCCAACCCAGCAGCUGCGGCCGCAGUGGCGGCCGCGGCCGCAGCGGCUGCAGCCCAUCAGGGCCACGCGUCGGCGCACCCAGGAGGAGCGGCUCAGCCUCUUCCAGCUGCGGGUGCCCCUGGUGCCGCAGGCUUGCCGAACAACAACCAACCUAGCGGCGUGGUGGCCACGGGAACCUUGUGCCCGAGCAAUGGAGCGACUGCGGGGGCUCAGGGAGCAGGGUUCCAGCAGUCUCAGCUGAUGAUGCAGCAGCAGGCGCCGAACCGCGGCGCGGUUCAGCCCCAGCGAGGCGUAGGCGCCGUCGCUGGCCUUCCCUGCACGUUUCCGGUGCCGCAGGGACAACCACAGCCAGGCCAGCCACAGCCGCAGCCGGUAGUGGGCAUGACCGGAGCGAUGGGGCAGCCUGUCGCUGCUCAGGCGGGGCCGAACUUCGCGGCCAUGGCGGCUGCUCUCGGCCAUCAACACUUCCAGGGAGCUGCAGCUGGAGGAGGCGUCAUGGGCGCCGCCCACGCUGUCCCGUACGUUCCGCAACCGCUAGCAGGCCUGACGGGAGCAGGGCGGCCGUUGGCGUACGCGCCGAUGGUGGCGGGGACGCCACAGCAGGGCCUUCUUCACGGCUUAGGCGCACCGCAGCAAGCGAUCAUGCCGGGGCCCCCCUUGCUGGCAACACCUGCAGCUGCGGGCGUCACUCACCCCACUGCGGGGGCUUCCAUCACCCAGCCAAUUCCACCAGAAACUAGAGCUUUGCAAACUGCGGGCGCUGGACAGAGUGGCGACAGCGCGUCUGCAGGGGCACGGGGUGCUCAAAACACUGGGGUGGCUGCGACCACUUCGGUGGGAAGUUCAGGGAAUGGUGGAGCGACGCCUGCCGGCACCUCGGGAUCGCAGGUUCCUGGAACCGACGGUGGUGCCGCUGCCAGUAGUGGCAGCACAAGUGUAGGUACACCGGCCGCCGGCGCGAUGGUAAACGGCUCGGGUAGCGGUGGAGCAGGGAGUGGAGCGGGAAGCGGCGCGGAGUGAAAGGAGAGAGUGGUUGAAGGGAACAGUAAGCAGGGUACGGAAAGGGGUGUACGGAGGAAGAUUUCCUGCGCGAAAACCGUUGCUUGAUGUUAAGCAAUCUCUGGACUCAGGCGAAGGAAACAGUCGAGACAAAGUGUCUGAAGAAAAAACGGCUAUGGAUGACUUCUAACUCUCUUCGUGCUUUUAAUAGAUGCUUGUGUGUGGUGACUGACAAAAGAAAAUAAAAACGCGCUUGGAACACUCGAGGUUCCCUGGAGAUGUUGUGUGCAGCAGAUAGAAGAUUGCGUAGUCGGAAAGAACCGGCUGCCGUGACGCAAGCAAGAGGGGCACUGCAGGCGUCGAACCCGUCUGACUUGCGGUGUCACUUGCGGGGCUUUGCAUGUCCCCUUUCGAUAAAAGGGAAAUGCCUAUCACAGGCCCCAUGAGCAUGAAUGUUUGACCCAGGGAAAAUUCACUGUUUGUGUAUCAUAAAUACCGUCGAGACUGAUAUGCGCCUGAGAAUGUGAGGAAUGUCCCGAGUCGUGAAUUCUGCAAUACAUGAAUUUCCAGUGUGGCAACUGACACAUUUGCUGGAAGACCUUAAGACAGAAGGAUCCGUUGCU